UGAUUGGUCGAGAGGCGGUUAACGUCACUGGCAAUUUAAAAAUUCAAAACAGCUGCUUUUUGUCGUGGACGUGUGUUGUCGUUGGAGUCGACUACAACAUUUAGAGGGGAGCAAUGGAGACUUCAGGAGACCGUCUAAAGCAGAUGGUGAAAACCUUCAGGAGAGAGUGCCACAGGAUUUUACAGUCUGAGAGGACCACCAUUCAUGGAGCUGAUAGCAUGCUGAUGGUGCUGCAGCUGGCCAUGGCAGAAGUAAAUAAACAGCAAAGCGGAGAGUUCAAAGUGGCUCUGAGUGAUGUCCUGAUGGCCUGGAAACACUUACUGUUACACAAACUUCACCUGCCACCCCCCAACUUUGCACGCUUGGAGAACUAUGAUCUCAUCUUGGAAGCAUACGAAUCCUUCCUGAAGCGCUCCAACACUGUGGACCUGGUUGAUAUCCUCUCCAUGUAUAAACAGCUGAGAGUGGACUCAGACCCAGACGAGCCUGUGAGCCCGAUCCAGCUGUUUGAAUUCCUAUCAGGCAACACGGAGGUCUUAGAGGUGCUUGACCUCUCAAUCCCGUCAACACCGUCUAGUAAAGAUAGGCCCUGCCGCUCACAGGUGAAAAUGGCAGUGAGAAGGGUUUUCUGCUCCUAUCUGACUUUGCUCGUGAACGCCAAGAACGACAUGGCCUUGGCGCUUACCCUUGAUGUCCCCAGUCGCGCGCUCGGACGACAGACAUUUACCGACAUAAAGCACGCCGCACAUAACAACAACACUUCCUUCUUCUUGGCUGUGACAUCUUUCGUGAGGGCCAUCCAGCUUGGAGGAAAGGGCUACGCUCCAGCUCAGUCUGACCCACUGAGGAAACAUGUCAAAGGCCUGUCUGACUUUGUCCAGUUUCUAGACAACCUGGAGGAAAUACUGGGGGAGAUUCCUGACCCAAGUGUGUGCGGAGCCAGGCUGGUGACCGCCAUAAGGACAGCGCUGGUGAAGGGACGCAGCAGUGGCGAUGCAGUGUACGCUGCGGCUGAAGAGACUGCAAAGGAGCUGAAGGAGAGGAUCUGCCAACUACACCAGAUCCAGGAACAGACUGCUAAUGCAGGCAGGACGGGGAUUAGCCCUGCCAGGCCAAAGGCUUACGCAGUGAAUCACUCCACUGCAUACGGAGGUCGGGACACCGUCAAGGUGCUGAUGGCGCUGCUGGAUGAAGAAGCCUUGACUCCUCCGUGUAAGAACAAGGCAGAGCUGCUGUCUGAGGACCAGCCCGUCCUCAGUGGAGCUGAGGGGACCUGCGUCCUCAUGUUGUUCAGAUCCCCUGAAGUGUCUACUGGAUGUUCUCCAGAACCCCUAAGGAACCGAGUCCAGAGCCGGCUAGACCUGCUCAAACCCAAGGCUAGAGACCGAGUCAUCCGAUCCCAGUUCGCCUGCACAUACAAAGAUGAAGAGCUGCCACUCAACCGUGUGCUGGAGUUCCCCAGCAGCAGCCAGGUCCCUACCUGUGUGCACCCAGCACCCAAACCCAAAACCACCCCAGGUGUGGAGGAGCAGCAGGAGGAGGAGGAGGAGGACACAACCACAGUUACAAAUUCAUUUUCAACAAAUAAUACAGCCAAAGCAACCUCUGAAUGUCCAAGAAAGGAGCCGAGCAGCGCAAAGCAAGCGGCUGCUCUCGGGGCAAGAAGUGGAAAUGCCCAGAACAGAGGUGCAGGCCCGGGCAACAGAAAGAAAAAUGGCGGUCAGACACAGAGCAAGGGCAACAAGAGGAAGAAGGCGGAUUCUGACCAACAUGAAGGAUCAGAAAACGAGCCUCCAGGGAAGAAACUGCCCACUAGUGUCCCGAGUAAAAUGCCUGCAAAGAACGUCAGCAAGGCUUCGAGUAAGAAGAAGCUGAUAGCUGGACAGGGAAAGCUAACCAGCUUUUUCCGAGUUUGAUCGUUAGUACUGCUUUCAUGACGGUUUAUGGACUUCCUGUCAAAGCAGCUGUUUUCUCCCAGCGACAACAAUGAUGUGUAUAUAGUAUGUAAAUGUUCCAAUUAGAGCUGCAACUUGUAUUUUUUUUAAUUAUUUUUAUUUUCAGUUCAUCAGUUGACUGUUAAGCAACCGAAUCGUGGAAAGUGGCCAAAAAAUAAUAUUUCCCAAACUGUUGAACUGCUCCUUUUAAUAAUGUGGUCUAUAAAAUGUCAGAGGAUGUUGAGAAAUCUCUUUCAAAAAUUCCCAGAUCCCCAUGUGAUAUCUUCAAAUCAAUUAUUUUGUCCAACCAACCUAAAUAUAUCCAAAAUACCAGGAAAAAGGGGCGAAGCUGCUUCUUUCACAUGUGAUAGGCGGGAACCAGCAAAUGCUUGACAUUUUUGCUUGAAACAUGACGAACUGUUGCUGAUUAAUUUCCUGUCUAUUGACUAAGCGAUUAAUCAUUUCCACCCCAGUUGGUAUUUUUACGCAUGUAGCAUGUUGGGAAAUGUGGUGCCAGUAAGCUUCAUUUUACGCUUGAAAUUGAAUCUAAUCACUAGUUGUAUAGUUUAUUUAACCUGUAAAUUUCCACAGUAUGAUCAAAUCUGUAAAUAUGAUGCAGACUUCAUUUUUAAUAAACUUUUAUUUAGUUUUA